GCACUCUUCAGUCUGAUGUCCUGUUGCCUUAUGAGCAACUCCAAGCAGAACUACUCCAGCAUGUUGGGGGCUCAACAGAAGUUCCGGCCCAACCAGGACCGUCACCGCGGCUAUGACACAGUGGACUUCAAAGAAGCUGAAGCCGUGAACCAGAAGUUCCUAACUACACACAUAAAUGAGAAGGCCGAGCUGCAGGACCUUAAUGACCGCUUUGUCAUAUUCAUCAAGAAGGUGCACUCCCUGGAAGAGCAGAAUGGUACACUGCAGGAAGCUCUCAACCAGUACAAGGGUCAGAAUCAGUAUGGUCAGCCCAACGGCAUCACUGACCUCUUCCAGGAGGAGCUUAGGGAGCUGCAGUGCCAAAUGGACGCCAUCGGAAAGGAGAGAGACCAGUACCAACUGGAGAAGUACAACCUGGCUGAGGACCUGGACCUGCUCAAGCAGAGGUUCGACGAUGAAACCCAGAAGAGGGCAGAUGCUGAGGAACAUCUACGUUCUUUACGCAAGGCCUUAAACAAUGCCACAUUGUCCAGUCUGGAGCAGGAGAGGAAAACUGAGUUUCUGAUGAAGGAGAUUGAAAUCCUUAAGAAGCUCCUUGAUGUGGAAAUCAAGAAUGUACCACUGAGCUACCCGACCCAGCAGAAGAAUACUGAGGUGGACAGCCACAGGGUCGACCUAACUGGUGCUCUAAAGGAGAUCAGGGUCCAGUAUGAGAGAAUUUCCCUUAAUAGCAUGCAGGAAUCUGAGGCCUGGUACAAGUCCAAGUUUGAUGAUUUGACUGAGUCUGCAAAGAGCAAUGCUGAGUCUCUAAGGCAGGCAAAGCAGGAGGUCAAUAAGUCCAGGGGGCAGAUUCAGUCUCUGACCUGUGAGGUUGAUGUACUGAAGAACAAAAAUGAAGCUCUGCAGAAACAGGUCCAUGAAAUGGAAGAGCAGUUUGACACUGAUAUUGGUAACUACCAGGACAAGAUAGGCAGACUGAAGGACGAGAUGGCUUGCCACCUUCAGAAGUACCAGGACCUGCUCAAUGUCAAAAUGAUUCUUGACAAUGAGAUUGCUACUUACCGUGAACUGCUAGAGGGGGAGGAGAGCAGGAUUAACAACUCCAACCUUGACACAAGCAAUCCAUUUGAUGACCAAGACAGUGAACAAGCUCCAGGCCCUGUGAAGAUUCCAGAUGUAGGUACAAUGAUGUAUUCAAAUGUUACAUGAUAAUGCAAAAUGACUUGAGCUGCCUUAUUUGCAUUAAAGAAAUAGUAAGAAACAGCUCUAUUUACUUACACAAUAUCAACUUGACCAAACCUGUUUCUUUUCCAUCCGGUGGUGAAGGACUCCAAGAAGGAGAAUGAGAAAGAGACCUCGGAUGACUCGGACAAGAGCAACAUUUAGAUAAAAACUGAUUAGGAAAUGUGAAGGCCACAGCCAUGAGAGAAAAAAACAACAAAAAAAUAUAUAACCACACCAGCAAUGAUCGGAGCCGCAAAAAAAUGCAACAUUUGAUACCUUCAGAGAAAACCAGAUGCAGGUGAUUUAGGACAUUAAAGUGAUGAAACAAUUUGGACUUGAAGCCAAGCCUUUUUUGAGAAAAUUGCAAAAAUCCCAAAGUGAUCAGAGAGUGUCAUUGUAUGACUAGUGGGUGAAAUUUUCAACCCACCUGCAAAAUUGUGUGUUUCCAAGUUUUAAGGUUAAUGCUGCACAAACACUUUUUAGCAGAGAAAACUAAGAAAGUGUCACAGGAUCCAAGUAGAAUAUGAAAACCCAUUUGUAGCAGAGCAUUAAACUACAGGCUAAAAAAGGAAGUUUAAAUGCAGAAAUUUAGUAGUUUGUGUCAACAUUCUUCAGAAGACCAACUGAGUCAUAAAUUAACCUGUUUGCAUUUGUUUUAGAAGCUUUCUAUCCUCUUGUUGUGCAAACCAACAAAUCACCAGACAUGGAUUCUUAAUAAACAUGUUACACUCUGAAAAUAAGACGGUCACCAACUGAAAAGACUUUGCUGAAUGUGCUUUGCUGAAUGUUAUGUGUAUCUGACAUGAUUGAACAAUGAAUAUGUUGCAAUAAACAUAA